GAAGAUACAGGAAUCACACCAUAAACUCAGAAAACACCAUAUCUGACAGCAAAUUCACGAAUAUUCGCGGGAGGAGAUCGACGAUGGGGCACAAUAAAAUUUCUCGUACCCGAAGUCUAGAACGCACUCUCGUUAUAAGGACUGGGCGUAGGCCAGGGCGCCCAGUCUGUCACCAUCGCGACUAUCAAUAAGUCAAAUAGACAACAUCUUAGAGUACCGAAUCCAUACUACCGGAAACACUCAAUCCUCACUUGAUUCUCAAAUACGGUCUUGUCCACAAUACCAAGACUCUGCAUCCCACAAUCAGAACCAGUCAACCACCGAGUCCGUCACCAAGCCCUGAGAUAGAACAUUCGACAUCAAUGAGAGGAUACUUUGGAAUUAUGGCCGAGAACUCCUGCGAGCUGAACGGCAACGGGGAGAAAGUCAAGCUCGAAAAUGCGGCCAAACACCUGCUGUGGCAACCACGAAACGAUGGCACUCCCAAGCAAGAGCCAUUGUGGCAUUUGCAGGUCAGCGUUUUGAAAGACCAGGAAGGGAGGGGCGACGCCCCGAGUCGCAGAUUUGCAUUCAAAUCAAUGCAUCAUCUCACACACGCGGCAAACCAACUAGAGUCUGCGUUCAGCGACACAUUUGAAUUGCGCAAGUGUGGUGUGGAAACCCCUGAUGCUCAAGGGGGACGAGUCAACGACGGAAGAAGUGAAAAUAUCACCAUUGAGUUCGAUACCAAGACCGCCAAGAAGGGCUGGUCAGAGUUCCUGACGAGUCUGAGAGACCUAGAGGAUGAGUGGGAGCGUGAGGCGCAGCAUGAAGGCCUCAGCGUGCUUUGAGGGGUACGCGGGGUAGUAGGUCACACACCACUGAGUAUGGAAAGCCUUCUGGCGUUGAUAAAGGCGACACUCGUCUUGCUUGAGUGGGUUCUAUAAUUGGUAGGAGAAAACGGAAAGAACCCAGCUUGGAAACAGUUUGUGUGCUGGACCACAGUUGGAUAAAAUAUGGUGUUGGAAGACAUUGCUUCAGGUUAGAAGGGGAAGUUUCGGGAGCAUUUGAAGGUGUUCUGGGACCAGAUUUUAUAAACAGACUUGCUCAAAUAAGAAAUUAGAGAUAUAGAUCAAUACUUCCAGCAGCCUGGCCCCUGGAAAGACCUUCCAGGAACCGUCGCGGGAUUCCCCAUUCGUGC